GCUCUUGAUGUAAGCUCUUGCUGAUCGCGAGUAAAUCAUAUGCCUUUGCUAGAUCGCAUGCUUUCUUGAAAUCAAAGCUGCCUAUUUUUGUGUGUGAUGAAUCUCAAACCAUACCUGGUGCCUACCUGUCCAAGGCCAAGACUCUUAGGCAUCCAGCUCAUCUUAUACACGUAUCUAUGGACACGAACACAGCAUUCUAAGAAUCAACAUAUGCACCACUAUUUUUACCAACCAGGCAGCCGCAUACAUACUUAUCUCUCUACAGGGUUCCGCCCUAUUCUCACGUUUUUCCUCUAUCGCUCGACGAAUGAUUUCACUCUGCUGAUGCGGGGUACGAGGAGGCCGAGCGGGCCUGGACCCUGUAUACGUAUAGUUAGAUGAUUACGGGCAGGUUUUAACUGAAGCCCAGUACAUACCGUUUGCUUUCCUGUCAACAGUUACCAUGCUUGCUAGCACGCAGUUGGACGGCGUUGCGCUUGUCGUCGGUGUGCCAGAGUCGUCGUCUU